AUGGCUGCUGCUUUCAAGACUAAAAGUUCCUAUGAAUUUGUCUUGUCUGGGAUUUCCACCCUUACCUCGACAAUUUACAGCCCACCGUUCGGAACUUCUCACGACAUGUUUUGGCAGCUAGAGUUCAUUCCUUCUUCAUCGGAAGAGCCAGACUAUUGUGCUGCUUUCUUAUUUGCGAUACCAAAUCAUGAGGAAGCAAAUACUAACUCUACUUGGGCAAGACGUAAUAACUUGAGUGCCAAACUAUUCUUGAAAAAUCCUAGGAACAAUACGCUCUACAAGAAAACGCCCGUGAAAAUGAACUCAUUUUCCGCGAAAUUAUCCGGCUGGGGAUGGGAGGCCUUCUAUAAAAAGGCAACAUUACCAGAUCAAGUGACUUUUGGGGUAGAAUUUGAAAAAGUCGAAAUUGGACUAGUCUCACAAAAAUGGCCGUUGCCGAGUAAUCCACAUCCAUAUAAUCAUGUGCCGGAUGAUUUGGUGCGUGCAUGGGAAGGUCAAUUAAAUAAUCCGCAAAGUGCGGAUGUGCAAUUUAGUGUUCAAGGAAAAAUAAUUUACGCGAAUUCUGCUAUUCUUUCAAAUCGAUCGAAAUAUUUUCGACAAAUAUUUCAAGGGUCAUGGGCUGAAUCUGCUUCUACUGACAAUAGUAUCGUAAGACCAUCUGUUACACCCUCAAUCAUCAAUAACACCAAUAACGUGAUCCCCGCCAAUACAUCGACGAUUAUUCCGGCAGAUAUUCAUCUCGUUAAUCUGUCGAAAUUCGCUCAUAAUAUUGAUGUGCCUGAUUUUCAUGACGAAACUUUUCUGGAGAUGCUUCGUUUCCUUUACACUAAUCGUGUGACAUUUGCCGAUAACAAGGAUGAAGAUACUCACACAACUGCACUUGACAUGUUUUGUAUCGCGGACAAAUACUUGAUCGAUGAUCUAAGACAACUAGCAAAACUAGAGAUAUUUAAGGAUUCAAAUGUCAAUGAUGCUGCAGAAUUUCUUUUCGGUACCGCGUGGAAAUAUCCCGAAUUGAAAGACCAAGCUAUGAAAUUUGUCGUGAGUAAUUUUGUUGCUGUACGACAGACUGCCUCGUUUAAGAAUAUUCUCGCGAACCCAAAUGAAUAUCCCGCUUAUACAGAUUUAAUGAAUGAAAUAUUCGAAGAAUUAUUUCCCGCUACAGGGAUUGAGAACACUGGAAAACCUGCAAAGGAUGAUUAA